AGUUCAGCUGCCGGUCCCUGCAUGGCAACAGGCGCGAGGGAUUCCCCCAGUCCGUCGCCUCUCUGCCUUCCCGUUUUAAAAAAAAUCCUUGCUUUAGCGUUAAAAAGUCUGUCUGUCUGCCUGGCUGCUUCCACCCGGCGCGCCCAACGGCGGCAACAUGUCCUGGAACCUAGUAUAACGCGAGACGCGGAGCAGAAACUUUAAGCCGGGGGAUAUUUACCACCAAAAAAAAAAAACCCAGUGCAGUCACAGCGACGAGCAGCCGACAGGACUCCACAUCCAGAUUCUCACUGAUGAGGCAGCCUCCAAAUGACGUCGAGAUGGCUUUAGGUGGGACGCUUCUGCCAUCCAUAUCUACGUUUGCCAGCGGCCCCACUGUCAAGAGCAAAUCCAUAGGAAGUGCCAAUUUAAGAUGGAAGGAGGAGUUGUCCCAUCUUAAGAGAUCCAGUGUGCCAACCGGAAGCAACUGCCCUGACCCAGACCAUCCCACUGCCACCAGCACAACAAGCCCCAGCAUGUCCAAGAAAGACGCAGAGCCAGACCUGGACUUGGACUACGACUUUAUUCUGUCCAACUCGAUUCUUCAGCAGCAGCAGCAGCAGCAACAACAGCAGCAACAGGAGGAGGCCAUGGCAUGCACCUCUGGCCAGGCCUUGUCUCCUUCCCCAGGCUCUUUCUCCUCAUCUUACCCCCUCCCCUCCCCUCAGGGCACUGCCAGUGAGCUGCUCUACACCAUUCCAGAUAUAAGUGACGUUUCGCCCUCUGGAGGUUUUGUGGCAGAGCUCAUGAGACCCGAGUUGGACCCGGCAUACCUCCACCCCACCAGCCUCCAUGGCAAGUUCGUGGUCAAGACAACAAUGGACAUGGGAGAAUACAGCCAAGGCGUGAACGUCAGCAAAGCCUGCGUUAAUGCUGUGUCAGACCCAACUCCUUCACGUGCCUCACCGUCCUUUACAUGCCACAGGAUAAAGCAGGAGAACCCCGGUAAUUGCACCAUCUCACAGCCUAUGGACCUACACUUGUCAGGGGUAAACUCCCAGGGCCGGGGGAGCCAGCAGCAGCGCCCCGGCCACUUGGAUCUACAUGGGUUCCCUGGCGGAGGGCGGUCUAUGACAGGCAGCAGGUUAUCCUCAUCCUCUUCCCUCUCCCCAGACCAUCCGCUGGGCCGGGAGCACCAGGUGUUGGGGCAUCCCCACUCUCAGAUCCCUCUACCUCCCCAGGGAUACCACCAUAACUCCCCGCAGGGCUACACCUCCUACCCUCAGCCAUCCUCCAUGCAGUACCAAGAGCCCCUCAUGAUCUCCAGUGGCGACUGCUUGCCAGAGGAACCAAAGCCUAAACGCGGUAGGCGCUCCUGGCCGAGGAAGAGAGUCGCCACACACACGUGCGACUAUGUUGGCUGUGGGAAAACUUACACAAAGAGCUCCCAUCUCAAAGCCCAUCACCGCACACACACAGGGGAGAAGCCAUACCACUGCGACUGGGAGGGCUGUGGUUGGAAGUUUGCACGUUCGGACGAGCUUACACGCCACUACAGGAAACACACAGGCCACCGGCCAUUUCAGUGUCAGAAAUGCGACCGGGCCUUCUCAAGGUCAGACCACCUUGCUCUCCAUAUGAAGAGACACUUAUGAGACUUGGUUAGAGGACCAGACUGGAUGGCGAUGGAUAAAGGCUCCUGAAAUAAAAAAGAAAUGUUAGCACAACCCUGAACAAACUUGUGACCUACACUUUUUAAAACCAUAAUUUGCCUUCAAGCCGUUGUCAAGCAACAAGACAAGCUGUGGUGUUCACGGCAAAAAGAGCAUUACUCCCCCAAGAGCCCAGAAUUUCUCUCAAGACUGAUCCCAUCUUUGCACAUUGUGCAGGUGACUCGACGAGACCUCUCUGUCAGGGUUGUAAACCUUUAUGAAAGGGACCAAACUGGAAUGUGUCUUAUUUAACCGACAAAACUUGGAGGACCAGGUGCCAACAACUUUUAACUGGAAAUGUAUUUUUGUCAGGGAAGCCAGGAGCAACAGACAAACAUCUCCAGAGGCCUUCUACCAGCAACAUGCCAUUAUAGGCUCUGUUAACAACUACACACUGUUCAAAAUACUGUAUUAAUAAAUACAUCUAUAUUUAUGUACACCUUUCACCUGCAAUGCCAUUAAUUUCAGGUACAAUGUUAAUUUAUACAGAAUGGUGCUUAGUGACUCUGAAGAAGGUUGUUGUUGUUUUUUUUAAGAAAAGGUACCAAAGAUUAAGGAAAAGAUACAAAUGGGUGAAAACUAUGGAAAAGUGCCAUAUGGUUGUUUGUGUGUUUCUUGGAAACCUCUUCCACAAUCGGACUUAAAUCAGGUGAACACUUCACUUUUGAAACGGUGAUGGCAAUCUUCAAUGCACUGCAGUUGCAAAGUGCAAUAAUUUAUAUGAGACAUUCAUAUUUUUGUAUGGAAUGAGUAACUCUGAACAAAGAUGUUUUGUUUAUAGCCUAAAUAUGUAAUAUAAUCUUGAGUUUUGUACAUUUGUAAAUAAAAUUGCUUUGUUAUUGUUUUGUA